UUUCUUUUCAUAAAACAGACUUGAAAGUAUUAUACAGGGAUUGGCAUUCUUCCCGGUCACUGGUAACAAUAGCAAUAUGUGUCCAGGGACACAGAAUGUUGGUUUCUAACAGACUACUUCCAAAAACAGUUUGAGAAAAAAACUGUCUGAUUUUAAGUCUCUAGAGGUCUGUAAUAGUUUUUACAUUUUUCAGGCAGUGUAAAGUUUUUUGAUAAGGCCAUUUUAGGUGGCUCACUUUCUCAUUAAGAUAUAUAUAUAGAACCACUUUUUGUAGAUUAGUAUAAGAAAAAUAUUUACCCUGUUUUGGGGCAAAUGCUACCUAUUUGUGUCACCUUUUGCUGAACUGACUCACAGUUAGACAAUCCAUGGUUUAAUGCACAUGAAAUUACCUAUAUUUUAUACUGUUUCAAUGUACAGGAGAAAGGUUACUGUAAACUGUGUUACGUUGGUGCUUCUGUGAAUUAAGUUGUGGUUUCAUCAUGAGUCUUACGGUCUUAAUGUUCUUUGUUGAUAAGACAAGUUUAGAAUUGGUUUACUUAAAACAAAAAACAAUUUCAAAAAAAAAGUUUGCUUAAAAAAAAAUUUCAUGUGAGGGAAAAAAACCUAUUCCAGAAUAAGUUUUGUGUUGGCUUGUAAAGCAUUGAUGUCAUUUUUUUUUUUUAUUGUGGACUAUUUAGAUGUGUUUGUGUUCAGCAAAAUGUGAUUUUUUUUUUUCUUUUAAAGAAAAAAAGUGAAAAUAUAUAGUGCCAAAUUCCAAAGGUACUUCCUUCCUAGAGCUUCAGUGUGUUUCUUGUGAGAAGUAAUUUGAUAACAUGGGUAUUUUAUUAUGUGUUUUGUAUAAAUCCCUAAUAUUUAAAAAACAAAAAACAACAAAAAAAAGAGGUUAAAAAGUUUGUUAACUUGCUAUCCUGUGGUCUUGUUGCCUGAAAUUGUUAUUGUUUGUUAUUUCUCUAUGACGUUUUUUGUAAGACAUUGUAUAAGUGCCCAUGUCUCACUUUUUUAACCACUCUGCACAUCAAUGCUGUGACGGCAACCUCACAAUGUAUUUUCUUCAUGAUAUAUGGAAACCUCUAAGGUGAGAAAGUUUUGAACUUUUAACCCUUUCUACCCAGAGCUAUCGGGAAUGUUGAUAACUUUUUAUACUGUUAUUUUCAUUUGUUUUGGGGUGUUUCUAAUUUGGAUUUUUUUUUUUUUUCUGCAUAUAUCUUUGAGUUGUUUCUGUCUUUGUUACUUUUUCAUCCUGAGAUCCAAAAGAAAGGAAAAAUCUGAAGGGAAAAAAACAUACUUUAAAAAGUGUUUACUGGAUAAACCGUCUGAGGGGAACAGCAGAUAGAGUCAAGCACCUAAAUAAACCUUAAAUUCAAUAUGCUUUUGAGAUCAGGUUAGCGGUAUGUUUCAGUUUAGAAUAAUUUCGUAUACCUUCCAGUUAAACGACUUUGUGAAGAUGGGGUAGUCUCUUGAGGGAUUUUUGCUUUUGUUUCUUACAUCUUCCCAAAUUAAUGUUUCUUAUCAGCCAUUGUGCUGGGGAUUCUCUGACCCCAGUGGAUACCUCUGAAUAAGCAAGGUGUCUGGAGUUAGAAGUUGACAGCCCUUUCCCUGCCUUUGUUUCUUUAGAUGCAUUCAAUUCAAAAGGGGACUGACCAUACAAGGCAAACUCAGUUCUUGAUCAGUUACUGACCAAAUACCUAGCACCAGUUCCUGCUGCCACCUUCUAAAGUGCCAUGUUUCUUUGACUCCACUUCAUGUGAACAGGUCUCCUGCUGUCCUGACAAACCCCCAAAGUCAUCCCCACAGCCCCAACACCAGCUCCCGCCUUUCUGGUAAGCUUGUCUCUCUAACAGAGCUCAGAAACUGCUGGCUCCACUUCCUUCCUCCUCUUCGAACUCUUGCUAUCCUGUUUGGUUUAAUGUGUGUGUGGAUGUGAUAGCCCUGGGAUGGAAAGGACUAGCCUCUAAAGAUGCAAAAAAAAAAAAAAAAAAGUUUCCUUCUUAUAGCACACGCACUUACAAUGAAAUGAUCUGUAUUAUCCUCACACGUGUUUACUACUGCUGGGGCCUUCCUUCAUCCUUCGAGGGCUAUUUUGUACUUCCUGCAGCAAGCAGCUGAGUAACAAAAGUUAUCGCACAUGUCUCUCUCGUACAGACAAUACGGUGGUACACCGAUACAUCCGUAGGAACACAAGGCAACAACACCAUUUGAAUUUCCUAGACUGUCUCAUUCAGAACCUCUUAUCAAUUAUACAUAAAUCUAAAACCACUUUUUCCCCGUUUCUUCACUGAAGCCAGAAGAGCCCCGGUGCCCUCCUCUCGCGGCCUGCGUCUCCCCCCGAGGAGCGGAGUGCACUUGACAAGGGGCUCAGGCUGGGCACCUAGAGCUGAGUGUUUAUGCUACAGGCAACCAAGACAGCACUGUUGGGGAGAAAAGUCUUUUUUUUUGGGGGGUAUGUUUCAUUACUAAAAAGAUAACCCUCCUCAAAGACAAGUUGUCUUUUUCUUCACUUUCUCUUUUAAUACCAAAAGGAAAAAGCUGCAAGGGUGUGAAGGGCCUGUGCCAGAAGAAAAAACACACAGGGAAACUGCUUUUUUUAAAAAUCAAGUGUAGAGCAUAGUCAUUUUUAAACUAAAUUAGAGAAUUGCGAUCAAAUGGCAGUCCUCAAAGGUGUAACAAGUUCAUCUUUCUUUCACCAUAGGGGUUAUAGUUCUUUGGCUUGUGCUACUCUGGACUCAUUUUACUGUUUCUGUUUUUAUUAUCUUAAGUGCUAAUUAACAAGAAAUAAAAUUAAAAAAAAAAAACCUGUAGUUUCAUUACCUUUUUGAAUAAUGUCAUACAAAAAAAUGUAUUUGUGUUUUUUUGUGCUGUGAGAAUUGUUGUUUGUAGAUUAAUAAUAUCAUUUUGUUUAGAAUUACAAAAUAGUUUUUAAAUACUGUCUGAGAAAAGCCAAAGUUAAUGCAACCUAGUGGAAAACUGUAAGACCAUUUGAGUAUUGUUUCUGUUUUAUUGAUGCAUUUGGAUUUUGUUGUUUGAUGGAAUUUGAGCCAAAAAAAAAAAAAAAUACGCAGGCUUUCCUAUUUCUACAACUGAUUGUACUUAUGCAUUUUGUACCAGUGGAACUUUUUAUACUGGAGAUUAAAAAAAAAAUGGAAAUUUUUGUGGCUUACUCUAGUGGGCCCCCUGACAAUGACUGAUUUCAAGUUUGAUUUCUGGUUGAUAGAAAGAAAGUUGCUUUUCUUUUGAGAAUUAAAAACUUUGGCUUGAUUUCUUUUUCCCUUUGCUUAUAUCUAGCCUUAGACUUUUGUCUUAAAAUACAGCGGUAAGUUUCACUUUUUAUUCUGUAUUGUGCAGUUACACAAUAAGGUAAUUAGACUUAGAAGUACUCAGUCACUUUAAGUGGAUAAAUGUAUUAGUUAAAACUUUAGGGGUUUGCUUUUUUGCUGUUUAGAUCAAAGUUUUUUCUGAUUCUUCUGUCCUCAUUGUGAACAUAACCGUGUAGUUGAAACAGUCAAACUUAUUUUUGUAACGUAUGUUAUUGUGUGAUGCAGUUUUUUGCUUCUGUCUCCAAUAUUAAACCAUUUUCCUAAUACUUGUUUCUCUCUCUGAGUGUUGUGUUGUUGGUGGUCAUUAUAUGUUGGUGAUGCAUCUACACACCUCACUGUUUCACGUAUCUGUUUUUUUCUAUAUGUUGUGUAAAAAGAUACAGUCGAUUCCACCUAAGUGAAUAUCUGAUUCGGGGAAGGGGGGAAACGACAUACCAGCCACCUGUGAUUUAUGUACAGCCACUGCUCUUUUAGCCUACUUUAACCACUGCUUCCAAGAUUUAUACUUACUUCUAUGGUCCACCCACACAACUGUCUACAGAGUUGGAUUUGCCAAGACUUUGUCCGGUAGUUUGACCACACUGGUACCUUUUCACUUUCUCUCUUCUCUUCCCCUCUCUCCCCUUCUCUGGGGUAUGUGUAUGCAGUUCUUAACACUCAGUACAAAUGGCUCUGCUUUGCUGCAUCACCUUAAGAAACUUCAGAAGAGAAGCAGCAGAGCUGGCGUUUCUUCUAUCUAGCCAUGAGUCCAAAGGCCUAUCAUUACUGUCAGACUCUUCUCAAAAACCAGUCACACAUUUUUUGAACGAGGUGAGCUCUCAAGGGAAGAAAAAAUGAACUUACUUACCUGGUCAGUAGAUGUGAAAGACGUUAAACUUAAAUCUAUGCAUUGCCAUCAAUCAACAGAUAUGUAUAGAAAAGUAAUUUAAAUUAUUUAUUUUUAAGAGCUAACUGAAUCCAGGAGCAGCUUUAAUUAUUAAAACUAAGGAAGAGAAAAGAAGUACUUGCAAGGGCUCAAAUGGAAGCUCUACUCAGUCUGGUGGGAUGGGAGGGGGGAGAGGUAAAGUUUCUCAUGCCCAAGUCUUCAUAACAUACCAUCCAUUUCCAAAUGAAAGCCAAGAAUGCCACAUGCGUCCACACACUCCCUCCUGAAUGAGUGUAUAUUUUGUAAAAGGCCUUAUCCCCCACGAUCGCCCCAACCCCAGUUAGUAAAAAGAGGAACUAGAGAAGAAACCAUUCCUUUCAUGCCCUGGCAAGCUGAAGCCACAGGCCCUCCUCCCUCUUCUGCCCAUCUCUUCUGCUCAGGAAUCUGACUGCUCUCCAAGUGCUCUUACAAGAUCCCAUUGACGUCUCUCCCUGUCUGAUCUCUCCCUCCAACUCUUCAGAUGCCCAAGCUCUGUCCGACUCAGGCCACCCAGCACCGGCAGCCUUCCUCUGGCUGCCAAUGAGAUUUUUCCUGCAGGUGCUCAGGCCCCUCACCCUCCGGUUUCGGCAGCCCCUCUGACUCCUAGACUGUCUUUUCUAGUCGGCUCAACAACAGAGGGGCAGGGUGAGGUGGAGGGAAGGAGGCUCUUUCCCCCAUAGGCCGAACACCUCACUGAAGUAACUUCCACCAGCUCCAAACCCGCACAGAUGGGAGCUGACUUCCUGCCAGUACUUCUGCUUUCAAUUUCAUCAGAGCCUUCAUCAGUUUGCCUCUGAACACCCACUGCUUACAUUAGUGGGAAAAGACAACUAAGGGUGUUAUUUUUCUUUCUUGUAUGUUAUUUUUGGG